AACAAUGGUUUCAUUUUGAUGACUACAGUGACUGUGGAUCUUUGGGAGCCUUCAUAGGUGCUUCAGUGACACAUCUCAAGAUUCUUGUUGCUGUCUGUUUCUGACUACUCAUGAGCCAUCUCCACUUGGACCAACCAGAAGUGAGCCCACCCAUUUUGCAACCUCUCUGCACCGCUCUACCUCCCAAGUGUCUUUUGGUCUCUUCAGCCCCUCUGAAACGACAGCUUUGACCAUUCACUGAAAUGUUCUACAAUUCCAAAAGGAGCCCCGGAGGUAUGGCUCAAGGUAACAUUCCCUCUGUGUUUGUAGUGGACACUAAUGCAACACGUCCAGCUGUGCCGCCUAGACUGAGCAAAGAGAAGAAGCGAAGCGAUGCGGUACAGAACCUGCUCAUCCUCCUGGUGACCCUGGCAUUGGUUGGCUUGGCCAUCGAAGCUUGCUUCAUAUAUCGCUUUCAUUCUUUUCAAGCUGAAAACUCACCUCACUCCGAAAAGCAAAGUGGAGGCUUUCCUGUCCCGACCACCAAAAGCCCAACUGAUGAGAUGCGUCCUCCCAAACCAAUGGCACAUCUGACAGAUGGCCAAGAUGUGCAACACAACAAACACAUAAUGUCAUGGAGCCGAAAUGCUGACCCUAUACUCUAUGAAAUGAAUUACGACAAAGGAAAACUCAUCAUCCAAAAAGAGGGAUUCUACUACAUCUAUUCAAAGGUGUACUUCUCACCAGAUAAUAGUUUUCACCAUUCAGUGGAAAUGGAAACAGAGCGAUAUUCCGGAGGAAGCAUCAGACUUCUACAAUCCAGGAUGUAUUCAAAGAAAUCCAAAGGACCUGAAAAUACCUCCAACAGUUACUUGGGUGGAGUUUUUCAUCUGUACAAAAAUGAUGCCAUCUAUGUAUACAUCAGCAAUACAGAACAGAUUAUGAGACACAAGGCUUAUGAAAAUGUAUUUGGUGCAUAUAUGAUAUAGAUAUCUCCCUAACAGGAGAUUAUAAACCUAAUGAUUAGAAUAAGAGUUCAUCACUCUUAAUUCUUAUUCAGGGAUAUUUUUGUUUACCUUGAAAACCUCAGAAAAAAGCAGAUGUAGAAUGCUAUUUGUAAAUUUGCUGGUGGCUUUUUUCAUAUGGGGUAAAGGGUUUGGAGAAAGGUAAAGCGUUUUGGACUUUUUUAAGACAACUUUCUGCAUUUAUACAAAAUCAAACCUUCAUAUAAUGAUUAAAGAUGCAUCCGCUCUGAAGCGAAUUACAUGCAAAAAACUUAAUCCUGCAACUUUUUAAAAUUUCAUUGUUUUUAUUAAUUACUGAACAUUAUUUAUUUAUUCCUUUUAGAUGAAGCUAUGUUAACAGUGCUAUGUUUGUAC